CACGGACCCGGACGCCGGCACGCUCGCCCCCCUUUUCCUUCCUGCCCCCGUCUGGCCGUCUCCCUCUCCGGCUCUCCCUGCCCAGUCCCCACUCCGCAGCUCCGUUCACACCGGUGAUGGAGCGCUGCAGCAGCGCUUUGCUUGUACCACUAGUCAUAGUCAACUGCUCUUUUUUUACCUCGCCCUCGCCGCGGGAACGGAGACUCGGCGUUUUUUAAGCUACUACUAGUGGCCCGGUCGUUUUUGCUGCCUCUUUGCGAAGCGAGCGCGUCAUAACUUCCAAGAACUGGGGGCGCCGGGAGGUAGCAACAAGAGGAAGGAGACGACGACGACGCGGCCUUCGGCUGGGAGUGGGAGGGGACAAAGGGGCGUAGACGACGAGGAGGAAGCGUCCAGGGGGACCCUGCCCUGUUCGAAAGGCUGGCAGCUGCUGGUGUCUUCUGCUAUUACUAUCUGAAGUUCUGAACUUGGAAGAUAUUCUUCUCAGCCUUAGAAACUUUGGUGCUAACUAGACCCCAGCCUCGUAUUGUGAGCUGUGGGUGAUGUUCUGGUACCUUGAUGGCAAACACAGAAGGUUUUCGCCUUGUGAGAUGCCCAAAGUGUCUGAACAUUCUCCCAGAACCGCCCAAAGUUACAGUCUACAAGUGCGGCGGAUGCGGCACCACCCUUCGAGCUAAAAUCCGUGCCAGCAAUGGCCAACAUGUGGCUGCAAAACAAGUCCGCCAGGACUCCGACAGUUAUUCGGUUGCAACCGCCGUGAGCAAUGGGGUGCCUCCUCAAAACAAAGACCAAGGCUCCAUUGGUGCUGUCACAGAGAAUUUUUCCUUCAAUGCUGACGCUCCAAGCACCGAGCAUGACAGCAAUGGAACAAGGAGCAGUGAAAAUGGUGAUGAUAUGCUGGCUGGGCAGAAUGCUGUGGUGGUUGAGGAUACUGAGAACAAGGACAAUCGCAAUUUCGAAGACCAGGAUAGCAGUUCAAGGAUGGAAGGUCCUGCUGAUCAAACACGCCUGAAUGCAAAUGGCAUGUAUUUAAAUUCCGGUGAAACAGAAAACCACACCGUUGAACAACCUAUGGAGAAUUCAGAGACUUACCGAGUAAGUGGACAUGAUGAUACUGAAUGCCACUUGAACCCCUCUGAAAACAAACCGAUUUCUUCUGAGAUAAGCAAAGCAGCCGUCAGUAUGCAAGAUCCUGAGCAGAAGGAAGCAGGCGAAUCCGAACAUGCGGCAAACAAGAAGAGUUAUCUUGUGAGGGUGCUGUCUCGGUCUUGUGAUCUUCGGUCAUCAAUAAACUCGAUUGAUUUCCACUCUGCACGGACUUCGCUUCAAUCCAAAAGCUUCAGGGCUAGUGAGCCCCUUCAGUCGAAGAUCAUGAACACAAUGGAUGAACUGAAGGGUGACCUUUCUGAAUUGUUCAAUAAACCUGCUGCAGACUGCAAGCCAAAGGCACACAACCCUCCACGCCCUUCCAAACAAGAUGGCCACAUGACUCGUGCAGCCACCACAACCAGCGCACCUCUUGCAGCAUACCAUCCUGCUGCCAAGUAUUCUGGCUAUGUGUCUCGCCUAAGCAGGUCUGGCCAGGUUCCUCUUCCUCCUCGUGGACUGCCGUCGCUGAGAUAUCGCCGGCACAGGGUUUAUUCAUUCCAUCAUCACAGCAUGCAAACGGAAAUGAGACCUUGCCGUCAUGAGUGCUGCCAUAGCUGCCAGCCACCCUGCUACAGAUCCUGCAACCAAGAAUCUUCAGCGAUGCACAGGCCACCGAUCAUGGAGAUCAGGCGUCGUCCUCCUCCCAGAAAUCACUGCCUGCCAGUGCUACGUGGCGCUCCGUUCGUCAUCUGCUCCAACUGCGUCAGUCUGGUCCAGCUGCCCACCGACUUCGCCGUCCCUAGCAGAGGGACACGCCGGGUGCAGUGCGGCUCCUGCUCCGAAGUCCUCUCCUACUCCUACAGGGACCCCGCCAGGAAGAGGCUGCAGUCACCAUUUGGGGGCGAUGAGUACAGCACUGAUGAGUACGAGAUUCACCACCAGGCUGCCGCUGCCGGCGGCGGCUUCGAGCAAGCAGAUCCGGUGUCCUACUCCGAAGAGUACGGGCUCUCGUUCGGCGUCAGCCACUCGACUAGCACCGAGGACGGGCAGCCGCUGUACGUGUCGAGGAACUCGUCCUUCAACACCGUCGACGAAAGGAUGAUGGGCAAAGACGGCAAGCUUCACCGGCUUAUGGGGUACUCGUCGGCGAGCGAGCUGCUGCGGCGGCAUUCGCCCGACCUGUUCGAGAGCUUCGACAGGCGCACGCCCACCAUCGAAAGAACGCACGUCGUCGACAGGAAGGGUAAAGGCGUCUGCGUGGCAGAAAACGAUGCCGGCGAGCGAGACGGUGGUGCGGUGGUGAAGAGAUCGAAGGCGAGGAGUGGUGGCUUGCCGCUCCAUGGGAUCCUGAAGAAGGGGAUCCAUGGCCUGGAAUCACUCAAGCUCAGGUCGUAGCUCAUGAUCUUCGUUAGGCGGUGGCGAGGCUCAGGCGAUCGAGUUUAGGAGAGAGUAGCAUACACGACAGGUUUAGAGUUUAGUGGUUGGCGUUCUGAGGUGUGCUUACUGCUUAGUUGCUAGCUUGUGUGUGAGUUUGUUUGCAAUCCAUCUGUGUGUGGAGUUGGUUGAUUUGCAAAUUUUGUGUGAUCUUCGAUGUGUGUAAGGUUUGCACGCCACACAUGCUCGAUGCUGUGGAUGUGCAUAUAUUUGAUUGGUGAUUUGUGCGCGAUUAAUUCAUCAUCGAUUCAUCGGUUUGGCUCGA